UUGAGGACGAUCGGCCUGUUUUGUCCUGCCCUGAUCGGUGACAUGGGAGACUGGGUGUGUUUGAGCCCAGCUGAAUUCUCCCAGCUGCAGCAGUACAGUGAGUAUUCCUCCAAGAAGCUUAAAGAUGUCCUGGAAGAAUUUCACGGAAAUGGUGUCCUCUCCAAGUACAACCCUGAGCAGAAGCAAGAUGUGCUCAACCAACCCAUCGAUUAUGAGGGCUUCCAGCUCUUCAUGACCACCUACCUUGAGAAUGACAUCCCCGAGGAACUGUGCAAACACCUCUUCACCUCCUUCAAGAGCAAGGAUGGUGGAGAAGGCUCCCCUGACUCGUCUCGAGCUGGAGCAGGAAUGCUGGAGCCCAAGUCCAUUGAUGCAGGCAUCUCUAUACAGACAGAAGUGGCCUGUGCACCCAUAACAGGUUUGAAUGGGAAGAGUAUUCUAAGCGCGAUGAGCCGUCAUACAGCUGAGAGCUCGGCGGGCAUCACUCCAGGCUCAGGGGCCACCACAUCACCGUGUUCAUCCCGCUCCUCCUCACAGCGCUCAGGCACAGGGGGCCACACACCCAGAGGCCCCCACCGCUCACCCUGCACACAGCCUAAACCCCUGGCAGGCAGCAGCAGCAGCAGUAAUGCUCUGGCUCUCUCCAAGUCCUCCAACUCCCCGCGCCUCUCCCCAGAGCGUAAUCAAUCUGAGAAUCGUACAUCCCUCCGGAGGAGUCCGUCUCCACAAAAAGGCUCUCCAUCGCCCCAAGUGGUCUUCCUUAAAGACAUUGUAUGCUACUUGUCCCUGCUGGAGAGAGGGACACCAGAGGACAAGCUUGAGUUCAUGUUCAGGCUGUACGACACAGAUGGCAACGGUCUGCUGGACAGUUCGGAGCUGGACCGCAUAAUAAACCAGAUGGUCCAUGUAGCAGAAUACCUAGAAUGGGACUCUACAGAACUGCGACCGAUUCUGAAGGAGAUGAUGGAGGAGAUUGACUAUGACAGAGAUGGGACGGUCACAUUAGAAGAGUGGAUUCGAGGAGGAAUGACCACCAUACCACUCCUGGUAUUGCUGGGAAUGGAGACGAAUGUACAGGAAGAUGGGCAGCAUGUAUGGAAACUGAAGCAUUUCAACAAGCCAGCCUACUGUAAUUACUGCCACACCAUGUUGUUAGGAGUACGAAAACAGGGCCUUUGCUGCGCACUAUGCAAGUACACAGUCCACGAGCGCUGUGUGUCCAAAGACAUUGCUCCUUGCAUUAGCACCUACGCAAAGUCCCGCAGACACACCAAUGCUAUGCAGCAUGUUUGGAUGGAGGGCAACUCCUCAACAAAAUGUGACAAAUGUCACCGCAGUAUCAAGUGCUAUCAAGGUCUGACAGGCCUUCACUGUGUUUGGUGUCAAAUCACUCUCCAUAACAAGUGUGCAUCCAAUAUGAAGCCUGAGUGUGACGGUGGUCCAUUAAGAGAUCACACACUCCUGCCGUCGUACAUCUGCCCUGUUGUGUUGGACCGUCAUUCUGCUGUCAAAAGAGGUGAAGGUGAAUCAUCGCCAAGUACCAGUCCUGAGGACACCGGCCAGAGUUUCAAGUUCACCAGUGACGGACAGGCACUGCAAAUCACACCUCUGCCCGGAACACACCCCCUACUUGUGCUGGUUAAUCCUAAAAGUGGUGGUCGGCAGGGUGAGAGGGUGCUGCGGAAAUUCCAGUAUCUUCUUAACCCUAGACAGGUGUACAGUCUGGAGCGAGGAGGACCUAUGGCUGGGCUCAACUUUUUUCGAGAUGUGCCUGAUUUCCGUGUGCUGGCCUGUGGAGGCGAUGGAUCAGUGGGGUGGAUUUUGGACUGUAUUGAUAAGGCCAGUUUUGCUCGUCAUCCACCGGUUGCGAUCCUGCCACUGGGGACGGGGAAUGAUCUGGCCCGCUGUCUGCGCUGGGGUGGAGGUUAUGAAGGAGGAAGUCUGGUCAAGUUCCUCAGGGAUAUCGAGCACAGCACUGAGGUUCUUCUUGACCGCUGGAACAUUGACAUUGUCCCUGAUGAUAAGGAAGAGAAGGGCGACCCUGUGCCAUACAGCAUAGUCAACAACUAUUUCUCCAUUGGAGUGGAUGCAUCCAUAGCCCAUCGCUUCCAUCUGAUGAGAGAAAAACAUCCAGAGAAGUUCAACAGCAGGAUGAAAAACAAGUUGUGGUACUUUGAGUUCGGCACCACAGAGACCAUUUCAGCCACUUGUAAAAAGCUGAACGAAACCAUUGAGGUGGAGUGUGAUGGCAUCAUCUUGGACCUCAGCAGCACAUCUCUGGAGGGCAUCGCUGUGCUCAACAUUCCCAGCAUGCAUGGGGGCUCUAACCUGUGGGGCGAGACCAAGAAAAGGCGCAAUUACAAUCGCAUGAGUAAGAAGGUGCCAGAGAGAAUGACUGGCAGCACUGUCACCGAUGCCAAGGAGCUCAAGUUUUGUGUGCAAGAUCUGAGCGAUCAGCUUCUGGAGGUGGUGGGUUUGGAAGGAGCCAUCGAGAUGGGUCAGAUCUAUACAGGUCUGAAGAGCGCAGGACGGCGCCUUGCACAGUGUUCCAAUGUCACCAUCAGGACGUCCCGACUGCUGCCUAUGCAGAUUGAUGGAGAGCCGUGGAUGCAGCCUCCAUGCACGAUACGCAUCACGCAUAAGAACCAGGUGCCAAUGCUGUUGGGGCCGCCACAGAAAACGCCGUUCUUCUUCUUCAAGAAGCGAAACAGAAGUCGGGACUAGAUGUGGGACUCCAGAAGUCACUCUUCUACAAUCAUACAAUCACACUCAAGCGUCUCCACCUUCCUCAGCCUCUUCUUCAUCUUUGGUUGGUGAGACUCAAAGAGAAGAGACCAUUCAAAUCCUUUUUGUGAGACAAAUCAAUACAAACACAACACUGUAAUGGACCUCUAAUGGAUUCCAUCUCCCAACACGGACCCUCUCUGAGUGUCAUGACCACUUCCUGUGUCUUAUCAUCCAGAUCGUCUUAUCACAGGCCUGUGACCUGUAAGCUAUGACUCAAUUCCAACCAAAUGCCCCCGACCAGUAGGCCACUGCCUUGGGAUCACACUGUGUGCCCUCUCUCUACUCUUGAGAUGGCCCAUCAGAAGAUACUGCCAAAUCCAAGAGAAACAGAGAGGGGAGAUCAGAAGAGCAAGGGAAAAUAGAGAACAAAUGUGUUCAAAUCAAAAAGAGAAAGAGAGAAAAAGACACCCUGACACGAUAAUGUUUCCCACCUGAGGGUUGGUGAUGCACAUAUGGACGUCACUGGGCCCUGGCUUAGCCUAGCAGGACCAGGGAACAAACUUUCCUCCUGAAGGAGCCUAUUGAAUUAUACAUCAGUGCAUGCAAAGCACUCAUUCCAGUGCCUCUCCUAGGCCCUACAACAUGCCACCGCUAAAGAGAUGAAACAGCAAACUCAUCCAUUAUGAAGAUGUUUAUGGGGGUCUGCUGAUAGGGAUAGGGAUAGGGAUAGGGAUAGGGAUAGGGAUAGGUUAGACUGGCCUGAAAGAGAUUUCAGCUGCUGUCGUUUGCUUGGGGCAUUUUUUGGUGUUCAUCCUCAGGCCACAAAACUGACCAGUGCUGGUUUGGUUACAAUAAAUUAGACAUUCAUUUAUUCCCAAACUCCCUUCUAAAACAACAGUGUUAGUGCUCAGUGUGGAGAGUUGGACUUAAGGUCUUUCAAAAAUGCAUUUUAAAGAAGCCUCGGAAGAGUUGAUAUGUUAUUGAAACCAUUGUAUCGAUGUUUACAUGGACACCAAUAAUUAGAUUUUAAUACAAUUAAGACAAUACUCUGAUUAAGAGUCUACCAUGUAAACAACGAUUUUUGAUUAAUUUAAUCAGAUUAAGGUCAUAAUCGAACUAAACAGAAAUCAAAUUAAGACAUGUGGAGUAUGACGUAUUUAGUCGCAUUAUUGAAGUGCAGUACAGACAUGUAAACUACUUAAACUAUUACCGUCGUGUAGGAUUUUCGCCGCAUUUGGCAACAGGAUAGUCUAUACAUACACAAAUGUUUGACACUAUUCUUUACACCUACCCAUACGGCAUGCUGUAUCAAAUUCCAUUGAAACAACACUCUUCCAGCAGUUCAUACUCGCAUUCAAUAUCUCGUGUGUCAUUGGGGCAUGCAUGAACUGUUCCUGAAUGAAAGUGAAAGUGCCAAAACGCAGUUAAAGUUGACAAAUGACAAGUGAAACACCCAAAAUUACAUGAAACUCCAGAAGAAAUGUGGAUAGCGUGCUGACGCAAUGACCUUAAUCGAAUUAUGUGCUAUAACAUGGAAACCAGGAUCAUGAAAGCAACUCAUGGAAACACCUUAAUCAUAUUAUUGUCUUAUUCAGAUAAAGGCAAAUAAUUCAAUUACUGAUGUCCAUGUAAACGUAGUCAUUGUUUAUUAGCAAUGUGCCAGUUGGUGCAAUAAUUGAAUAAUUUUAAUGAUAUUCUGAAGGCAAAAGAAAAAUAUUGUGCCAUGUAAGUUUGG